AGAUUUUGUAACUGUGCACAUUAAUAAAAUUAUAGGCAUCGAAAAUUGAAGAAAAUAUCGAAAUUUCGAUGGAGAAUUCUAAGAAAAAUGAAAAGAUUACAGAUUCUGGAUAUUCAAAUUCGUCCAGUGAUAAUAUGCAGUCACAAAAAAGCAAAGAAUUGAAAAAAAAGCACAAGAAGAUUUCUGAAGUUACUGAAGUCAACAACCCGCUGAAACAUCUUUUUGAGAAACAAACAGGGAAUGAAAAAGCAAUGGGCGAGUUGAUUGAGAUCACGGAUUCUAGAGAAAACAUGGACGUUUUUGUCUCCGAUGAUAAAGAAGGACUUGGACCUCAAAUCAAUCUUCUGGUUUAUUCCAGGUUUCCAAUGAUUGGAGAUUUUUUUACAGUAAUUUCAAUGAGCGAUGGUCUCGUUGUAUUCACAACUCCUAAUUUAUAUAAAGCAUUUGGAUAUUCCCAAGACGACAGAAAAUGUUUCAUCGAUUUCAUCUGUGCUCAAGAUAGAGAAACAUUCUUUGAUGGUUUAACCAAUAUCUAUCCAGCAGCUCAGAAAGAACUUUUUCAAGGUAGGAAAAAGUCAAAAAAAGUGUCUUUAUUCUGUAGACUGCAAAAAACGGGUCAAGAAUCAAAUGAACUGACAGGAGUUGAAAAAGUGAUUCUAUCCAAACCCUUUUACUGUACAUUGUACAUUCAGGAUUUACGGGACCACAUGAACGAAGCGCUACUCGAUACCACGUUCUUAGUGGUAAUGGCUCAAGCUGUCCAAUCUGCAUACAAAGAACCAGAAGAAUAUAUCAAAUCCUCGAUAUUAUUCUCAACACUUCACACGGUGACGUGCCACAUAUCUCACGUCGAUCCUGAAGUAGUCCAAUUUAUGGGUUAUCUACCUCAGGAUAUGAUUGGCCGUUCGUUAUUUAACUUCUAUCAUCCUGAGGAUCUGCAUUUCAUCAAAGAAAUCUAUGAGACUGUAAGCAUAGGAAAAAAUCUAAAAUACCAAACGUAUAUGUUUCCACAUGAAAUGAUUGUCUUGGUGCCGAUAAAAAAUACAAUGUUGUCAGCUCAUAUCAAUCCUUGGACCAAAAAACUAGAAUCUGUUCAAGGUCUGCAUAGGGUACUAAAGGGUCCCAAAAAUCCAGAUGUUUUUGGCGAUUCCGAUAAAUCAGCCAUCUACAACGAAGAAGAACUCGAGCAAUGCAAACUAAUUCAAACAGAGAUCUUGUCCCUCUUACAACGGGACAUUUUAAAGAAUCAACACCAAGAAAGUAAAAAUUUCAAAUUUCUGGAGCCUGUCAUACUGAAUCUGCUAAACGAAAUGCUGCCAUCAGAAUCGCGCAUGGACACAGAAAUGGAUGACCGGAGUUUUUCGGGAUCACGUAAUCCCUUGUUGCAGGAAUAUGCAAUUGCAAUGCCGAAAAAAAUUUCACGUGAACACGCUCGUGAAGGCAGCAGCAAUUCAUCAACGGAAGCAGUGCCUAGUUACAAUCAGCUUAAUUUCGAAGCCAAUAUGGAUAGAUUCUUCAGCAGCAAUCUUGUGCUUACGGCUAAUUAUGGCAAUGAUGAGGACAGCAUUAAUGCAAAUAGUGGAGUUGAACCACAAAAUAAUUCGAAAAAUUCCUCUGAUAUGGAAUGCAUAUCACCGAAUGGAGAAAGUGACCAAAGUAGAAGCCAAAGUGCAGGAAAUUUGAAAAACAACUUUAACAAUCAAAGUAGUUCUGAAGCCACUAGCAGUGGAAUGGGGACAUUUAAUUAUUUGACUGAGUCACUGAUAAGUCAACACAACGAAAAAAUGAAAAAUAUGUUCGUUCAAAAUCACGCAGAAGUCAGAUUGAAUAUUAAAAAUAACAACAAACGAAACGAAUCGAGAAUGAUAACUACAAACGAGAAAAUAGCAGAUCCGAUCUUUCCUCGGGCUCAAGGGGUCAAAAGAUGCAGAAACAGCAGUGAAAAAAGUGUGCUCGAAAAGGUGCCAAAGAAGAAGUUUCACGGGAUGCAUACCAAUGAGGUGAUUUUAAACAAUAUAGAGAAUAAUUUGAUGAAACUUAAUGUUAAUAUUGCAUCCACAAUCCAAAAUGGUACAAACACAAAAACGGAUACAAAGACAAAUAACUGCCAAACUCGGUUAGUUAACGUACCUGAUUCACUGCCUACACAAAUAAACUCGAAAUUUCAAGCAACGCCUGCGAGUUAUUAUAACUCUCUUGGUAUAUUUCAAGCACAAAAUCCAUCCUUCACAAGAAAUAAAGAUAGUGCAAUACUCCCAGUAGCAUCUGAAAAUAUGAUGCAACAGAAUCUGCACCAUAUGACAAAGCCAUUAACAAAAAUAGGGUGUCAACAAUGGAGCGAUGUUAGUGAAGAUAUAUCAAGUACUUCCAGUUUUUAUAGUAGCUUCCUGAGUAAAAGUUGUGAUGGAACUUCUAGUUCUAAAUCGAAGAGAUCCAAUCAAGAGUUCAGCUCGGAAUUUUCAUUCUAUACCAAGCAACCAGCUGACCUCUACUUUAGAAAACCAACCAGUUUUUCCUCUAGACGCCAAUGGAUCAAACCUGUAUUUAGUGAUCCUCCAUUUAAUGUGUCCAAGAAUAGACGCCGCGCGGAGGAGACAUAUGAGAGGAGCUUCGGUGGAUGUGCGAUGCACUCGAAGCGAGAGGCACACGCCAAUAAGCACGAUGGCGAGCUGACGUCGAGCAGCAAUUGGCUGCUCAUGAAUGGCUUCAUAUGA